AUGCCAUUGGCCAUGGCAGCCCCAGUUGCCCUCCCAAAUGAAAACGCCCCUGGAAUGCUGAACAUUGGACCCAGGGCGCAAGAUGAAGCCUUGGAUAUCUCUCAUAAUCCCAUUAACAGCGUCGAAAACCUUUGCCCUGAAAAUGAGCAGGCCGAUGAAUGUGGAGGUGGCCAGCCAUUAGGACAUCAUGAGAUGAACAAUGGGGAAAACCCUGUCAGGAAACAACAUGGCGACGUCGAAAGCGACUUGAGACGGGAGCCUCUUCUUCCCCGUCAAUCCAAAGGACGCCUGCUCAGCGGAGCACUCAUCGAUGGCCUUCCACUUCUUGGAAGUGGGGGUCAAUGA